GAAAUAUCCAUAUAUACCACAUCCUUCAGGUUUGUCAAAUAUAAAGUGGUCUGUCUUUGAUUCUACAAUGGGGGCAGAUAGUUGAAUCCUCCAAGUUCUCUUAUAUAGCUGCAACCAUGAAGAAAAUUGUAAUAAAAGUCAGCAUAAAUUGCCAGAUCUGCAAGACAGAUGUGUUGAAAGCCGUUACCAAGCUUCAAGGAAUAGAUAUUGUAGCCGUAGAUGGUCAGAAGGGAACAUUGACUGUCGUAGGAGAUGUUGAUCCAGUGUUGGUGGUGAGACGACUAAGAAAGGUUGGGAAAGUAGCAGAAAUUGUGAGUGUUGGACCCCCAAAGGCUUCUGAACCUAAGCCUCUUAUAUUCCUUGAUCUCCCUUCAUGCUGUAAUCAAUGUCAGCUUGUUGGAUUCAAAUAUGUUCCUUAUGAGGGUGGAGGGUGCCAUAUUCUUUGAGGUGUUCAUUUACUGAAUCAUGUUCCGUAAGACAUAUUUGUUCAAUGUUCCGUCUUCACAAGUUGUUGUAAAAUAAAAGGACAAAAAUCAUUACUUUC